AUGACUAUUGCCCGACCGCUCGUUAUAUCGGUAGCACUUUGGGUUGUUUUGUUUGCGAUCACUACUGUGGGCUUUGUGGGAUCCACUUUCGCUGUACCACGACUCACGACGUCUCCGGCACCGUCAUCGUCGUGGAUGAUCUAUUCUCGAUUCGUGGCCUCCGCUUACAGCAAAAGCCUCAGCAUGUCGGCGGCGACUCAAUCCGUCACGAUUCCGUCAUGGUCUGACCUGAAAAAUAGAGCAGGAUCAAUGCCUGUUGGUAUUGCUUUGAACAAGGAAGCGGAAUUGCGAGAAAUGGGGAAAGGAUCGGCGUUUGUUCAGAACAAACUACGCAAAUUUGGAUCCGUCGACGAACCAAAAAUUACCCUGUUUCGUGACCAUGCUGGAUGGUGCCCAUACUGCGAAAAGACGAUGCUAUUGAUCGAAGAGAAGCAGGUGCCCGUGAAGAUUGACCUCGUUCCCAUGAGAAGCUAUGGCGACAAGCCGCAAGAGUUUUUACGCAAAGUACCGAACGGGCUGUUGCCUGCGAUCGAAGUAAACGGCCAGGUUGUCACAGAAAGUCAAGUAAUUAUGGAGCUCCUGGACCAGUGGCACUCCAAACAGGAUGGAUAUCGUCCGAUGCUCCCAAGAGAGGGCGACACGGCCGGUUGGGAGCGAUACAAAAAGCUGGCCCGUCUCGAGCGGGAUCUCUUUGGCUGGUGGUGUACUCUUCUCUUUCGCCCGGAAGGAGGCAAUCCGCUGACAAUGCUAAUGGCUAGUAGUCGAGAUUCCAUGUCAGGUGCAAUGCAAGGGUUUUUGGAUUGUAUGCAAAAAGUGGACCAAGAGUUGCUGUCUUCUAACGGACCCUGGUUCUUCGAUGAGCAUGACUACCCUACAAUGAUCGACUUUGUGUAUGGGCUCGAUUUGCGUAAUCCCAAGUGGAAUUUGAAAGGGUUAAACGCUUGGUUGGAAGCAUUCGAGAAACGAGAGCCUUAUCUCGCCUUUAAGAGUGACUACUACACCAAUGUAAUGGAUAUACCUCCACAGUAUGGACCUGGAUACGACGGUGGAUUCAAUGACGACCGCAAAAAGUUUCAGGCGUCGAUCCUUGGCCGUGACGGAAAAUCGUGGAAGUUGCCGCUUUCGUUUGAUGAUGAACUUCAGCCAUUGUAUCGAGGAAUGCCAUUGCCAUCGUGUGUACUGGAUGCCGCCGGUCUGCAACCCGACAGCGAUGCGUGUCGAGCCAUGGCUGCGUGGAAACUGGCCGGCAACGGCAAUAACGUUUCCCGUUUUGCUGCUCGCGGGGGGCCGCAAGGUGCCAAGAACCCACGCAAAAGGUUUGGAGCAGAGCUUGCCGAUCCGUACGCAGAAACAGACAACGAGAUUCGUUCUGCUACCGAUUCCGCUCUUCGCGUAGUAUGUGCAGCUUUGAUGGAUGUCGAAGCCACGCUGCCGGAUCAAGCGAUGGUAGAUCAGUUGCGAUCGUCAGUUCCGGACAAUCAGGUGUUCCACGAGACCUCCCAUUGGCUGCUGGCCGGUACUUCCGUGCAUAUUUAA